UAGCCAGGCAGGAUGCUACGUAUAGAACACGACCCAGCGGCAAAGACAAGACAAGAGGAGAUUUGCUCUAUAUGCACCCCAUGUUGUUAGAUGAUGUCACGUUGUUGAUGUAAGGACUCCUCGUCCAUCGGUUCCACACAGUUCGCUGCGAUUUUAAUUCACCCGCUUUUGCUUUUUCUGCAGUCAAAACGGCUUUAAUCCAGCAUCCUAACAGCCUCAGGAUUGUUGAAAAAAAACUAGGUCUUCCACUCUUCCUCCACUAGUCUACUCGGCAGAUUUCACUGACUCUCACCGGCGGUCUUUGUGCCUCCACCGGCCGCCGCCAUGCCGUACCUCGUCCGCGAGCGGCUCUACUUCGGCGGCAUCAAAGACGCCAUUGCCGCCCUCACGGAGUCUUCCUCCACGCCGGACUUCACCCACGUCCUCUCCGUGGUCAGCUCCGCCUCCAUCUCCUUCAUCACCGAUUGCCGCCCGGGCCUCGAGAUCCCCACCGAGGAGGUCCUCCGCGUAGUCGCCGGCGAGGAGGGCGCGGCACCGACUGCCGCGGUUCCCCCGGGGACGCUGAUGCGGGUGGUGGAGCGCGCCGGGCACGGGCUGCGGGUCACGCGCAUGGCCGUGCCGCUGCGGGACACCGAGGAGGCGGACCUGCUCGACCGCCUCGAGCCCUGCCUUGAGUUCAUCGAUGAGGGCAGGAAGGUCGGGAAUGUCCUCGUCCAUUGCUUUGCUGGGGUGUCGAGGAGCGCUUCCAUCAUUGUUGCUUAUCUUAUGAGAGCAGAACAGAAAUCUCUUGAAGAAGCAUUAGAAGCUCUGAAGGAGAUUUCUGAGUCGGCGUGCCCAAACGAUGGUUUUCUUGACCAGCUGAAAUUAUUUGAAGAAAUGGGCUUCAAAGUUGAUACUUCAAGUCCUUUGUACAAGAGAUUCCGCUUGAAAUUAUUAGGCCAAUCCUACAUAUCUGGGGAGAAAAUAAGCAGCUAUAUGUUUGAAGAUGACCCUGGCCUUUCUCUAGAGUCUGGCUCUUGUCAAGAUUCUUCAAAGGUUGAGCAACGUAAAACAGCUUACCGCUGCAGGAAAUGCAGGAGAGUUAUUGCUGUAGAGGGCAAUGUUAUAAGUCAUGUUCCUGGUGAGGGUGAAUCUUGCUUUGAUUGGAACCGAAGAAAGAGUGGUCAUCCAUACAACAACAAAGAACAUGGUUGCUCAUCUUUGUUUGUCGAACCUCUGAAAUGGAUGACUCCAGCAGUAGAAGACGGCGCUUUGGAGGGAAAGCUAUCAUGCAUCCACUGUGGAGCUCGGUUGGGAUACUUCAACUGGUCAGGAAUACAGUGCAACUGUGGUAGCUGGGUUACUCCUGCCUUCCAAAUUGUUAAGAGCAAAGUUGAUAUCAGCACCAUCUAGACCUGUGAGCAAACGACUGGCAAGUUUGAGGGACGAGGAGCGCGACAGCAGUGACGCCUGACGGUUUAAUGUUUUGUGUACCAUAUGAACGCUACGUAUACAGGUGAAGCAAUAGCGUAUUUUAUGUUUUUCCAUUGCCGAUCAGAAGCUGUGUGUGACAAAUACCGUAUAAAAUUUCGCAUUUGCUGAUGUAACAAGUAGCCGUGAUGUCGGCCAUCUGUUUAGCUGGAACGGGAGCGAAUGCAGAUUGUGCAGAGAAAUGAACACGGUUGUGUUUCUAUUCUUUCUGUGGAUUCAAAUGUGCGCCCAAUAUGAAUACUCGUUCGUUUCUUUUUUUCAA